AUGAUCUCCAGGAAAGUAGCUGGAAGAUGUACAGCUCACUUGACAAAAGUCUUAGCUCUUAGUAGGUCAGAUGUCGUCAGUAGGAAGAGCGUGCCUUUCGCCACCUUUCUGACAGAGGAUGCGCCCAUGGCUCUCCAGACCAGAGUCGCUCCGAGCAAGAAACAGAGCAUCCAGCAUCCCCUGGGAACUUCUCAGAAACACAAAUUUCUGGGUCCCAUCCCAGACCUACUGAAUCAGAAACUCCAGAACUGGGGCCCAGAAAUCUGUGUCCUAGCAGGCCUCAAGCUUGUUUUGCAGAAUCUUCUUGUAUGUGUGAUCCUCUUCUAUACCAUGUACUACGCAUAAACUAUUCUCAUUUGUAACAUCUUCAGGGUAUAUGAGCUGGAUGUCCUGGCACCAUUUGAUUUCAAAACAAACCCCUCAUGGCACAACACAAAUUAUAAAGUUCUUCUAGUCUCAACACAAGUCACCUACUUUGUUUGAGGAUUGCUCUUCGUUCUAGUUGUAGAAGAAUGGGUCUGGGAUUAUGCUGUUUCAGUAACUAUUCUCCAUGUUGUCAUCACUUCCGCUGUUAUGUUGGAAUUCCCCUUGACAUCACAUUGGUGGGCUGCUUUAGGUAUAUACACAUGA